CCUCUCUAGGCUGCCGGUUGGGCUGCAGGCCUGGAGUUGGGGACCCAGGUGGGUGCGGAGUCAGACGCUCAGGUGAGCUGGCGCGGUGCGCGCAGGUGAGGGGCGCCCAGGUGAGCCAGCGCGGUGCGUGCAGGACUUUCUUAGUGGGUUGAGAAGGAUCAACUGGGCCUUUUGAAUUAAGAGAGUCCAGAGAUUUUAGAGAGGCCCGUUCAAGAAGGAACACUUCCAUUCUGCUGUGAAAGCCCUAGACAAGACAUUGGAGGGCCCAAUGGCUGCAAACUCCCUACAUGAUGCUUCCAAAACCAAGAGUCCAGACUGCAUCACCAACAGCAGGGCCGCGACUCAAGGACAGUGGGGCCGUGCCUGGGAGGUGGACUGGUUUUCGCUGGCGAGCGUCAUCUUUCUGCUGCUCUUCGCGCCCUUCAUCGUAUACUACUUCAUCAUGGCGUGUGACCAGUAUGCCUGCUCUCUGACAGCCCCCGUGCUGGAUGUUGCCACUGGGCGUGCUCGGCUCUCAGACAUCUGGGCCAAGACUCCAUCUAUGACGAAGAAAGCAGCCCAGCUCUACACCCUGUGGGUCACGUUCCAGGUGCUUUUGUACGUGGCGCUUCCUGACUUCUGCCAUAAGUUCCUGCCGGGCUACGUGGGAGGCAUUCAAGAGGGCGCCGUGACCCCCGCAGGGGUUGUCAACAAGUAUGAAAUCAACGGCCUGCAAGCGUGGCUCAUCACGCACCUUCUCUGGUUUGCAAACUCUCACUUCCUGUCCUGGUUCUCUCCCACCAUCAUCUUCGACAACUGGAUACCACUGCUCUGGUGCGCCAACAUCCUCGGCUACGCUGUUUCCACCUUCGCCAUGAUCAAGGGCUACUUCUUCCCCACCAAUGCCAAAGACUGCAAAUUCACAGGCAAUUUCUUUUACAACUACAUGAUGGGCAUUGAGUUUAACCCCCGAAUUGGGAAGUGGUUUGACUUCAAGCUGUUCUUCAACGGACGCCCCGGGAUCAUCGCCUGGACCCUCAUCAACCUGUCCUUUGCGGCCAAGCAGCGGGAGCUCUACGGCCAGGUGACCAACGCCAUGGUCCUGGUCAACGUCCUGCAGGCCAUCUACGUGCUGGACUUCUUCUGGAACGAAGCCUGGUACCUGAAAACCAUCGACAUCUGCCACGACCACUUUGGGUGGUACUUGGGCUGGGGGGACUGCGUCUGGCUGCCGUACCUGUACACCCUGCAGGGCUUGUACCUGGUCUACCACCCGGUGCAGCUGGCCACCGCCCAUGCCAUGGGCGUCCUGCUGCUUGGCCUGCUAGGCUACUACAUUUUCCGGAUGGCCAACCAUCAGAAGGACCUGUUCCGCCGCACGGACGGCCGCUGCCUGAUCUGGGGCAGGAAGCCCAAGGUCAUCGAGUGCACGUACACGUCGGCCGACGGGCAGAAGCACCGCAGCAAGCUCCUGGUGUCGGGCUUCUGGGGCGUGGCCCGCCACCUCAACUACACGGGCGACCUGAUGGGCAGCCUGGCGUACUGCCUGGCCUGUGGCGGAGGCCACCUGCUGCCCUAUUUCUACCUCGUCUACAUGGCCAUCCUGCUGACCCACCGCUGUGUCCGGGAUGAGCACCGCUGUGCCAACAAGUACGGCGGCAGCUGGGAGCGCUACACCGCGGCCGUGCCCCACCGCCUGCUGCCCGGGAUCUUCUGAAGCCCCUCCCCCCCGGGAGAAGCCCCCAGGGUCCAGGAAGAGCACGAGAGCCGGCUCUGCUGGGGCUCCCCCCGCCCCCGCCCCCGCCCCGGGAGCUUCCGGUCCCUCAUUGGAAAUGGAAAGAGCGUGGCGCUUGGCGUGUCCUCCUCUUCCCUCGUCCCCGGGGGGGUCCUGAGGGUUUACGCCACCAGCAGAGAUGACCAGUUCCCUCUGCGGUGCCCCGCGGGCAGCCCGUGAUGCCCACGUUUGUCCUGUGUGUUGGGAGCCCGAGUGGCCAGACGCACUGGUGUCCGACGUGGAACGGACACCUUCGGCUCGCUGUCACUUAUCCUCACGACAUAAGGGGGGACAUGGAUACGAGAGGUGCUGCAGUUACCAGCUUAUUGCCUUGGCUCCAGAUGUGCUCUUCCUCACCCACUCUGCGACUGUGGGCCGGACCCUGUAGACCUCUCUCCUUGGCUGCGCACCUGAUGUUACAUUGGAGGGACUCUGCACGGAGGAGGGGGCUUCUCUGUCUAGUUUCAGUGAUGUUGCAUUCCCUGCUGCUCACAGCCGUGAGGGGACAGCCAAGGCGCGUGCCCACAGCACGCGGACGUCCCAGCACUGGCCGUGGCGCCCAGUGUCCGACCUCCAGGGAUCCGGCCACCAGCCUCGGCCUGCCCGCCCUCUGCAGGGUUUCCUCCUGCUUGCCUGGCGACUGCCCACGUUGGCUCCAACAACCCAGCACACCUGUGCGCCAUCCGGGGGGGCCUCCAACAAGAGCUGAAUCCCAGCCUCGGGGAGGGGAUGCCUUUCAGGUCAAUUUUUUUACCCUGGGCAUUUGCUCUCAACCCUAGGAUUUUCUUGAAAGCUCUCUUUAAACAUUACUGCCUUAGUAGAUCUGAUAAUUCUUUAUAUUAAACUUCCCCUGU